AUGGAGUCAGAAGAUGAAAAGGAGGAGAAUGUAAAUCUCUUAAGUGUAUCUGGAAAGAUACCUGCCCCUGGAAAUGGUAGCAAGAUUCUCCAGAAAAAAAUAAAUCGUGAUGCUGAUGAAGGUUAUGAUGAUGCUGAAGAAGACGAUGAUGAUGAUUUUGAUGAUGAGGAAACUGAAGAAAAAGCUUCAGUGAAAAAAGGUCAAGAAUCCUUCAAAAAACAGAAAAAAACUCCCAAAAGACCAAAAGGACCUAGUUCUGUAGAAGGCAUUAAAACAAAAAUGCAAGUAAAUAGAGAAAAAGGUGAUUCUCUUCCUAUGGUGGAAGCCAACUUCAUGAAUUAUGUGAAGAAUUGCUUCCAGAUGACUGACCAGGAAGAUUUUCAAGAUCUCGGGCAGUGA